UUUCUCCAUCACUAACAAAAAAUUCCAAAACCCUCUUCUUAGGUUAUUUCCCUAGUAAAAAACAAUGAAUUUCCGCUGCUUCAAAGUGUUCAUUGCGAUCCUCUUAACAUUCUUCUCUGUUUCUUGGGUGAAUGCGGCGACGAAGAAUGAAGAUCGGAGCUUUGUGCUGUCAUCUCCUUUCCCUUCAGCUCUCGAAACGUUACAAAAGCAAAUCGGCUAUACUUUCAAGAACAUUGCAUUGCUUAAACGAGCCAUGACCCAUGCUUCAUUCUCUGAGGAGAACAACAAGGCAUUGAGCAUUCUGGGCGGCCAUGUCAUUGAGUCAUCGGUGUCCCUAUACUCCCUUGAAAAAGAUAUUGAUAUCUCUGCAAAAGAUCUGAACCAAGUCGUGUUGGAGAUUUCCAAAGUGGAAGCUUCCUGUACUAUUGAUGGGAUGCAACUAGGAUUGGAGAAAGUAGUCAGAGUUUCACCAAAGACCAAUUCUUCAGCCCCUAUUGUUGUCUGCAGUGCAUUCCGGGCAAUAUUCGGUGCAAUUGCUCUUGAUACUGGGAAGUCAGAUGAUGCUGGAAAUGUCUUCUUGAAAGUCCAUGGUCGCAAAGUUGGAAGAGGCUUUGCAAUGUAAGUAGUUCUUCUGUUAUCUGCUCUUUUAAAGAAUUAAUGUAGUAGCAGUAUUUUCUAUUUUGGGUUUGUAAUAUAGUGGGAUGACUACUUAUCUGGCAGUAUUUUGCAUGUAGUUACUCUAAAUAACAUCUGCUACAAUGUGGUUUCUGAGAUAACAUCAUUGCAGGGGGUUGUGCUGCAAUGAUGUGUUUGUUGAAUAUUAAGUGUAGUAAUUUCCUCUUCAGGGAGUUUUUAGGACUCUUGGUCUCCGAAAACGGAGCGAUAUAUAUAUAUAUCUAUGGGCGGCGGAGAACAGUCAGAGAUGGCGCAGAGACAGCCUGGUUUCUUGGUUCAUGAAGACGCGUCCAAUUCUCUCUUGCAGAACAGUCGCUGCUGCUUCUGUUUCCCUCGUUUUGGUAGUUCGCACCGUUCCUCCACCGACGUCCCCUUUUGGGAGCGCAUACGGGUAUCCCAGAUUGAAUCUGGAAACAACUUAUGGGCCCGAGGGAUUAGAGCCUUCAAGAAGAUUCGCGAAUGGUCGGAAAUCGUCGCUGGUCC